AUGGGUGGGGCUUUCACCAAACUACUUUCCAGUUUAUUUGGCAAGAAAGAGAUGAGAAUAUUGAUGGUUGGAUUGGAUGCUGCUGGAAAGACGACUAUCCUCUACAAACUCAAGCUUGGUGAAAUUGUCACAACCAUCCCAACAAUAGGUUUCAACGUAGAGACAGUGGAAUACAAGAACAUAAGCUUCACAGUGUGGGAUGUAGGUGGUCAAGACAAAAUCAGGCCACUGUGGAGGCAUUACUUCCAGAACACACAAGGUCUGAUAUUUGUUGUAGAUAGCAACGACAGAGAAAGAAUAGGUGAAGCACAUGAUGAGCUCAGUAGAAUGUUGAAUGAGGAUGAUUUAAAGGAUGCGGUACUGCUUAUCUUUGCAAACAAACAGGAUCUGCCCAAUGCUAUGUCUUCACAAGAGAUCCAAGAUAAGCUUAAUAUUCACCAUCUUCGUAACCGCCAAUAUUAUACCCAGGCAACCUGUGCCACUUCUGGAGAUGGACUCUACGAAGGAUUAGACUGGCUCUCCAACCAACUGUCAAAGAAAAAAUGAUGCCACUUUUUAUACGAAGUCGGCAAUCACACCAAGAAAAAGAUAUUUUCCUCUCUACUUCCCUGUACCUCCCCUUCUAAUCUUUACCUUAAUAUGUCCCUGUUUUUGUAAUUCUUUGUAACGAUCUCUAGAGCUUGUAAAAUGUAUCAGCAAGUGUGUGUGUUCUUUCAGCCCCCAGUCCCUCCCCUCCUGAAACAGAAUUUCCAGUCAGUUCUUAGAUAAAAGCAGAAGGAUGCCUCAACGUAAAAACUUGAAAGCCUGUGGUCAUAUGAUACAAUCAAUAUACAUGAUCAACAGGACCAUUCAUGUAAAACAUGUUUAGAUGGUUUUGGAUACGAGGGACUGUUUAAUUAAAUAACUCUAGCAUGCUGUCAUGUGUCACAUGUCCAUUGUUUAAAUCUGGAUCAGGAGACUUGUGCCAUUGCCUUUUAUUCUAUAGGGUAGAAAUUAUUUUCCAAGUAAAUCGAGACCAAGAUCAAUUUUGGAUUCAUAAGGUAUUUUCAUUGUACAGCUUUUUUGUGAGGCAAUGAAUGGCAUUGUCAGGGAGUUGUGCACACUGGCUUCCCAUACAAUCAGCUGUGUUGACAAACACGCGAUUGCUCUCAUCAACACAGGUGAUAGUUAGGUUGCAAAAGUAGCAAAUUCUACCCAAUAAAACAAAACUAAAGACAU